CUCACUCACUCUCUCUCUCUCUCUCUCUCUUGAAGCUAACAUUCAGAACCGUGCACAAACUCAUGUAUCUGGCAACGUCAGGCUUAUCCAUGAAGAAUGACUGAGUCACACGUCAUUGAGUGAAAACACCCAGUCCAGGUUGUGUGCUGUAUGACACUGAAUGCACCCCCUUUUCAGCAAUGGAAUGUCCCGUAGUUGUACAUGAAGGUCAAAAGUUGAACAAAAUGGCUGCCAUUGGUCAGAAGUGGGUUCCUCUGUACCAAGUUGAUGCCUUCACUGACCAGCCAUUCGGAGGCAACGCCGCAGCUGUGUGUCUCCUGGGAGAUGAGCCACAGGAGCUAACUGAUGACCAUCUACAGAAGAUUGCGGCUGAGAUGAACCAGUCUGAGACUGCCUUCAUCUGUAAACUGUCACCUCAGGAUGACUUCAUCUCCAGUUCUGUAUUCAGAUUGCGAUGGUUCACCCCUGUGAGUGAAAUGCUCCUGUGUGGCCAUGCCACUCUGGCAUCAGCUGGUGCUCUCUUCUAUGUCAUCAAAAACCCCAGUUCCCAGCUGACCUUCCAGACCCUGAGUGGAGACCUGUUUGCCAGGAGGGAGGGAGAUUUCAUCUCACUGGACCUGCCUGAAAAUAAGUCACAGCCUCAGGAUGGUGGAAAAUACAAGGACUUAAUAAAGGCUACCAUUGGCUCCUUCCCUGUUCAAGAAGUCCGCUUCUGUAGUUCCGUUGGAGGGGACCUGCUGAUCAGGAUACCUGACAGCAUCACAAGAGAACAGUUUGAGAAGAUGACACCAGACAUCCAAGGCAUGAUGGCUGCCCACCAAGAAGAGAUAAGAGGAGUUAUAGUCACAUUGAAAGGAAGCCUGGAGAAUGGUUGUGUUGAUGAUGAGGGAGUCCAGUAUGACUUUGUCUCUCGUUUCUUUGACCCCUGGAGCGGUCUGCCAGAAGACCCAGUAACAGGGUCAGCACAUACAGUCCUGGCCAGCUACUGGGCUAAGGAGCUGGGCAAGACUGAGUUCUAUGCCCGCCAAUGUUCCCAGAGAGGGGGUGUGCUGAGGGUGAGACUGAGGGGGGAUGGCAGGGUGGAUGUCAAGGGGCAGGCUGUUGUUGUAACAACUGGCAAGAUUAGAAUAUAAUAACUGUGAAAACUUUUCUUCAUUUAUCACAAAACAUCUUUACUCAAACCAACUUACCAUGGAGUACAUGUCUUAAGUUUGAUCUUACAUGUUUGUACCACAGUCAACAUACUUUAUACUACCAAUAUUGCACAGGUCUUGUACAGUAAACACACUUCUAAUGGUACAUUACAUACAAUAUAAAUAUGGUGUAAACGCUUUAAAGAUAUUGAAACUUCAAUACUAUAGAUUGGUAAAAGUUGGCAUUGGACAAGUUGGAGAUGAACAUUUCAAUGCUCCAUUUUUCCCAUAAAAAGUGCCCAUUCCAUACAAUUCAGUCUUGAUAUCACUUUAUUAUACUGCACAAUUGUUAUUUUAUGAAAGAAUCUUUAUGGCUAAAAUAUACUACAUGUACA